GUGCACGCAAAACAGGUGAAAUUGAAAUUGUUCGACGAUCAACGCCAACGAACGCGAACCGACGCGAAAAAAGCUUCUUUUCUUGAGACGGCGCAUACUACUGAGACGAUUCUGCAGAUACUUGUAAGCAAACAUGGCCGGACUAUUUGGUUCUGCGGCUACCACAACCUCGACGAGCGCGGCCAAUACUCUCGGUGACCUUUCGAAAGAUAUCCCUCUCAAUAAUCCUCCCGAGGAUAGUAUUUCCGAUCUUGCCUUUUCGCCGGUUUCCGAACAUCUAGCCGUCGCAUCAUGGGAUAAGAAAGUGAGGAUCUAUGAGAUCUUGCCGAGCGGGCAGAGUGAAGGCAGGGCAUUAUUUGACUUCGAGGGGCCGGUCUUUAGUUGUCACUGGUCAAAGGAUGGAAAGAAAGUAGUCGGAGCCGGAGCAGACAAAACUGCGCGUGUUAUGGAUCUUGAAAGCAAUCAAACGGUAUCGCAAGUCGCCGCGCAUGAUCAACCUAUAAAAUCCGCGAGAUUCUUCACUGCCCCUCAAACAAACGGCGAGAUGCUUGUGACCGGAUCUUGGGAUAACACCAUUAAGUAUUGGGAUUUGAGAACUCCCAACCCGGUCAUUUCGGUGAACAUGAACCACAAAGUCUAUACCUUAGAUGUCCAGAAGAAUGUUUUGGUUGUUGGAACCGCAGACCGAUUUAUCAAUAUUAUCGACUUGAACAUGCCAGAUAAGAUUAAGAAGACCAUUCAAAGUCCGUUGAAAUGGCAAACUAGAGUCAUUAGCUUAUUUCCCGAUGCUUCUGGUUUCGCUGUUGGCAGUAUUGAAGGAAGAUGUGCCAUUCAAUAUGUUGAAGACAAGGACGCCAGCAUGAACUUCUCUUUCAAAUGUCACCGCGACCCACCCUCAAACAACAUGACCAAUGUCUACUCCGUUAACGCGAUAUCUUUCCACCCCAUCCACGGCACCUUCAGCACUGCUGGCUCCGACGGCACGUUCCAUUUCUGGGACGGAAUUGCCAAGCAUAGAUUGAAGGGUUACCCAACCGUUGGGGGAACCAUCUCCGCUACAGCCUUCAACCACACCGGAAACAUUUUUGCCUAUGCCGUUAGUUACGAUUGGAGUAAGGGUUAUGCAAGCAACACACCACAAUAUCCAAAUAAGAUUAUGUUACAUCCAGUAAAUGCGGAUGAGUGCAAGCCUAGACCAAGUGUCAAGAAGAGGUAGAUGGCGAUGAAAUGAGAUCACACAAUGAGAAUUUCGUGAUGGAAAGUUGGCGAAUGAUAAAAAAGAUAUACGGGCGAGAAUUCCAAGGCCCGAGGGCAUCUUCGAUCCUAUAAGAUGGCAUAUGAAUUGAAUUGAACGAGGCAUAGAUGUAGUCCUAGACCGAGCGUUUCAAAACCAGGACCUAAUCAAGCAAGGGAAGGGAGAGCUGGAUGCCACAGUUAUACAAGAAGAUGAAGUUAUUACAGAGGAGUUAAGGGCGGUCACAUGGCGAUCAAUAGGAUUCCAAAAUUAGGUCAUAUAGGUAGUAAUGAUAUGAAGCGUGUUCA